UGCUGCUGUGCACAUUUGUUUUCUGAAAGCACUCCAAAGCAGCAGCUAAAAGAAAACGUUAGGAGAGAAGGAGUUUUGAAAGUGUAAACAAUAACUGGUUGAACUUUCCUAACAGUCACCAUAUACCUAAUAAUACUGAGGGUACAGAGAGUCUCAAAAUGGACAAGUUGGGAAAAGUUUCUGGAUUCAGGAGAAAUACCUUGGUUAGAUCUUCGCAAGCAGCAACCACACCUCUGGGAAAAGCAGCCUCAGCUCCUCUUGUGUCUCUUGGCAGCACCCAACCCAGAAGACCUGUCGUUGCACAACCAGCUGCUCUGGCCUGGGCAGACAAGCAGGCAGCACUGCAGCAGGACCAGGUUCAACAGGAUAAGAUUUGGAGAGAAUUUGUGGAGGCUGAACAGAGAGGAAGAAAAGUCUGGUACCAGAACUGGAGUUUCCUAAAGGACUAUGACCAAAUGGGUAAGAAAAAAGAGCAGAAGGCACUGCCAAACUAUAUGCCUGUGUUCUCAAGCAAAGUUCCCAAUUCCACCAACCAGACUUUUGGCAGUCGAAUGAAUACUGAACUUGGCAGGGCUCUGGUAAACAUGGAUUACUUCUUCAGCAGUGGAGCGCGAAAGAGGAAACUUGAGGGUGAGCUCCAGAUUUCCUAG